AUGGGGCCGGGUGCGGCCGGACAGGGCGGGCAGCAGCCGUCCUCCCCCCAGGAGAGGCCGCGUGGGGCCCCGCGUCUGCGCCCCCAGGUUCGCGUCCGGCCGUGGUGGUUUCCGGUGGAGGACAUGAGCCGCCCUCUGGGGUUCUACCUGGAGGCCUGGCUGGCAGAUCAGAUCUUCGGGGAGCGGCCAGGGCGGGCGAGGCCGCUGGGUCCCCACCAAGCCGUGGUCUCCCAGCUGGCAUGGCGGAGUCGGGCCUUGGUGCACGUGAGCAAGGUGGCCCGCGGCACCGUGGCUGAGGUCUCCAUCUUGGGACGGCCUGCGGGGCAGAAUCGCGUGAAGAGCUUUCUCCUGAGCCUCGCAGCCCGGGGCGCAGAGCUCCAGGACCGGCCAGCUGAGAAGAUGCCUCAACCUGAAGAGUUCUUGAAGAGCCCUAAGUCAGGCGCAGACACUCCCCAGCAUCCUGCUGAGACCGUCUAA